UUGAUUGGAGAGAAUAGUUAGGUUUUGACAAAAGGAAGUGACCGUUGGUUUAAUGGUGAGCUAAACGUAACUUCCGAAGACAAAAUUAGCCUUAACCUUACGUUGUCAUUAGACACACCGAUUCAACCGCUAUCUCCUCUUUCACUCUCUCUUUAUAAAACACAACAAAUCAUCCUCUUACAUCACAUCACCUUUUCAUUCAAUUCAAAUCCUAAAUACUACAGUACACACUAUGGAUCCAAAUUCCAACGAAAUCGUUCGCGAAUUCCCCAACCUUUUCCGUCUCUACAAAGACGGUCGCGUCGAACGCCUUCUCGGCAUUGAAACCACCCCUGCUGGCACCGACCCAUUAACCGGCGUUCAAUCCAAAGACAUUACUAUCAACUCUGAAACUGGCCUUGCUGCUCGUCUCUACCUCCCACCAAACGCCACUACCACCCAAAAACUCCCUCUCCUCGUUUACAUCCAUGGAGGCGCUUUCUGUGUCUGCUCUCCCUACAACACUGGUUACCACCAUCACCUCAACACUGUUUCUGCACAAGCAAACAUCGUCGUUUUCUCCAUUCAUUACAGGUUAGCACCCGAACACCCUCUCCCCGUUGCUUACGAUGACACGUGGGAAGCCAUUCAAUGGAUCUCUAAAGCUACCGACCCUUGGCUCGCAGACCACGCCGAUCUCAACAUUGUUUUCUUUGCCGGAGACAGCGCUGGAGGUAACCUCUCACAUAACAUGGCCAUGCGAGGUGCAACGGAGGGGUUUGGAUCGUUGAAACUUCAAGGGAUAGUGUUGCUUCAUCCUUUCUUUGGAAACGAGGAGAAAGACGAGCUUUUGGAGUUUUUGUACCCUAGUUAUGGCGGACUUAAUGACCCCAAAAUACACGCUGCGAAUGAUCCAAAUCUUUCGAGUUUGGGUUGUGGUAAAGUGUUGGUGUUUGUGGCAGGGAAAGAUUUUCUUAGGGAGAGAGGAAGGACUUAUUAUGAUGCAUUGAAGAAGAGCGGGUGGAGUGGAGCGGUGGAGAUGGUGGAGACUGAAGGUGAAGGACACGUGUUUCAUUUGUUUGAUCCCACUAAGGAGAAAUCCGUAGCUCUUGUUCAACAGUUUAUCUCAUUCAUCACACAAACUGCCAAAGAUGUUAACUCUGCAUCUUCCUAAAUUAUAUCCUAUGCAUAUUUUGCAUCACUCUUGCAAAAUAACCUAUAUACAUACAAACCUAUACUAAAUAAAUUGGGUGAUUGGGAACUAAACCCUUUAGAAUCAUUUUUAUAGUUUUCUUAGCUAACUACUACAAAAUGUUUUCUUUUGGGUUAUUGUUGUAACUCUGAAAACUAGAGUCCAUGUGUUGACUUCUUCAUAUCCAUGUGGACGGAAUAAAUCCAUUUUCUUUUCAAUU